AUGUUUGGCAGUCUUUAUGUCUCGCUGUCGAAAUCGGUGUCGCGACGUACAGGGACGUCACCUACUCCACCGAACACCACAGAUUUCGGAAUAGGUCCAACUCGAGUACGUUCACCGUCACCAAAAAUUGUUGAUCGAACCGUCCUUCAUGUCCUUCAUGAUAUCCACGAACCCAGUGAUCACCACGAUCUAUCUCCCUCAACAGUCACGCGACCCCAUCUCAAAUGGCCCCCGAUUGUCACCAGAAUUCCUGAGCCUAAAGAUAUUUCAGAACUUGAACAUACAAUCGUUCACGUUCCUAGUAUACUGUCGGCUGACGCAGUCCAAUUUGACGAAUCAGUUUGUGGUUCAUUCCCCUGUCGCUUCCUUCUUCCCCUUCGUAUCGCUGAGCAAGAACCGCUGCACCUCCACCAACUAGCUAUUCUUGCAAGUAGCUUGAAUCGCACUCUUGUUCUCCCGAAUGUAGGCAACAAUCGCAUGGGGGCUUGUUCCAAAUGGCCGUUUGAUUUAUAUUACGACGUGGACCUGCUCAGAAGCGCCCUCCCCGCUAUCAACAUUUUGCCUUUCACUGUAUUUGACAAUUGGAGCGAAACACGUUCCAUCUUACCUACAAGCAGAACCAUCUCUUUCAGCGUCAGCAAAAGUGGCGAACGAGAUUUACUGCCUGACGACCAUUUCACCAUCGAUCAUGGUCUUGCGGAUCACAAAGCCGCUUCCUGCCUAAACUCCAAAUUUCCUAGACUUUACCAAAGUUCCUCUAUAAUUUCCUUCAAGUUCUACCGCAACAAUCCAUCGACAAGCCAGCAUCUUAUCCAAAUUCUCUCAGAGGCUGUGGAUUCCGUGGAAUAUUUCUCAGACGAACUUGCCGCGCUUCCGAGAUCUGAUGUGUUAGCCAUCGAAUGGGAUCUACGCCACCGAAUCUUCCCUGAGCCCAACAUAGACCUGCAAUACUCUCAUGCGCUUGUUGAGCUUGCAGAAAGAUUAGCAGGCUUCACAGGAUCCUAUAUUGCGGUGCAUUGGCAACUAGAACGUGUUCCGGUAGAAAACCUUGCGUGGUGUGCGGCAUCGCUCGUCUCUACUCUUCGUUCAGUGCUCGGCGACGAUGACUCGGGGCCUCAGCUAGUCUGGUUCGCUAGCGACUACCACACCUUUUCAGAACAGCCAAAUGGUGUGAAGACUAAGAACGCGAGAUCUGGGACUUUUCGAGUGGUCACGCCCGAGCAUGAGGAAGCCAUGAAUAUCCUUCAGGAUGCAUUCCAAACAGGUGGUGAUCUGGAGGGAUAUGCCAUGACUGAGUUAUCAUCGCAGAUAAAAAGGUUGAGAAUGUUCGAAGGGAACGUUCAGUUUGAAGAAGAUAUUCUGGAAGACUCAGGAGUUUCAUUUAUCCUAGACAAGUUGGUGGCGAUGCAGUCUCAGGUGUUUGUCAGCGGAUCUAAGGCUUGCAGCAAGACGAGGUGCGUCUUCAUGACAGCAGGUGGUAAUAUUUGA